AAAUAUGCAGGAGCUGGCCCUCGAGGACCGACUUUGGGGACCCCUGCUCUAUUGCAACAAAUUUGAUUUCAGUAUCAUAAAGCUACCAGUAGGAGGCAGUGUGGGCUUGUAAUCGCUCCGGAGUCUGCGUAACGGACAACAAUCAACUGCAGAACAGAUUCUAGGAGGAUUUGUGAAGCACAGAUUUGCUUCUGCCUCAUCACUCCUGCUUGUUCUAUCCUGUUUACAGCGUGCUUCUGUUCCCCCCAUUACCCAGCAGACUGCGAUACUUGAUUCACAGGACAAUAGAAGACAUACCAGAUCUCACCACCUUCUCUGUAGGGGAGAGCUGGUGCCGUAGGGUGGUGGUCUGCCCUUCUGAGCUCAGGGCUGAGUCAGAAGAAGACAGUGAUGUAGAGACCAGCAGCUGCCUUUCUGAAGAGCCCCCCGGCAGCAGGGCGGCGAAGGAACCCGACGUCAAGCUGAAGCCUUCAGCCUCGUCACAAAGCCGAACACCUAAAAGGCCCGACCAGCCCCUGUACCUGCCGCGAGCCGUUCGGAAGAGGCUGUCUCUGCAGGACUCACAGGGCUCCGCUGCAAACAGAGACAUAAAAUGUUCUGCUCAGUGCUGCAGAAGCUCUCCUUCAGAGUCUUGUUCUUGCCCCAAGGCCACAGAACCAAAAGUUUACUCAGCCUCCUCUGCACAGGAAGCUUGUGGCGCUGACGGUAUAACUGAUGUUCCUGAGAACAGUUCACAGUUUUGUCCCCAGGAACAGACUCAAAAGUUGGCACUAGGGCUGGAUGAAAGGGAGACUGUUGUCUGGGACCAGUCUCUGUCGUUCGCAGAGUUGAAGUUGGAGGAAGCAGAGGGAGAAAACUUCAACAAUGUUCAGGCUGAGGAUACAAGCACAGAUACAGACGAUGUAACUGAACUGAUCAAAAUGCAUCUUAAAGAGACAGGCAUCUUUGUUGAGCUUGUUCACAAUGACUACGCAAUCUAUGAGAACGUGUUUCUUAACUCGGAUGACUUCAGCCAUGUCAUUGAGAUUUAUGACUUUCCACCUGUUUUCAAGACUGACGACCUCCUGGAUGCUUUCACAGAAUACAGUGACGGUGGAAUGAAGAUCAAGUGGGUGGACAACACACACGCUCUGGGCGUUUUCUCCUGCCAGGCGGCAGCGCACCACGCCCUCUCCAUCUGCCACCCGCUGCUGAAGACUCGAGCUCUCUCUGAGGGGAGUAAAAAAGCACAGGGCAAGGCGGUCAAAAGGGCAGAAUUUCUCCAGCCGGUGAAGGAGCGUCCCAGGACAGACUGCGCAGUGGCCAAACGGAUGGUGACCAGAGCUUUAGGCAUACAGGGACGAGGCAGACUGUACAGAUAUCCAGCCGGACUUGACAGACCCGUCUCCGAUCAGUAACUCUGAAGAGCCGCCUCAGAUUUCUGUAACUGAACCCAACUUGUGCUAUAUAUUGUUCACUUUCGGUAACACUAAUAAGGCAAAUAUCUCAACAAGGAUGAAACAGAUAUUUUGGUUAUUUCAGAUGGGUCCAAAGACUCAAAAUGUUUUAAAUUAAACUCUAUUGCAUGUU